CCCCCACCUCCGAAAAACGGGGGGACACAGAUGCGCUGCAGAGGCGCGCUCUGCGCGCUCGCCAUCGUUGCCGCGCUCGGCGGCGCGGACGCGUCCCAGGCAGCCAGAGAUCAAAAGUGGCUCGGCAAGCUGUCCACCAAAGCGCGCAACCUCCGCUCCGCUUUAGAGACCGCUCCGAGGCGCGAUUUGUCCGAACACGAGGCGGCGCUCUCGGAGGAGGAGGUGGAGCUGCUGAAGGAGGAGGCGGAGGAGGAGAUCAUCAUGCUAAAGUGGGCGACCGUCAUCGGGAUCGCUGCGCUCGGCGCAACCUUCAUCCUCGGAUUCCUGGCCGAGUCGAUCCACCUGCACUGGCUGCCAGAGGCUGCCAUCGGAGUGCUGGUGGGCAUGUUUGCCUCCGGCCUGGCACUGAUGGCGCACUCGGACGGGCUGCUCGAAAAGGAGAAGUUCGACUUUGAGUUCUUCAUGAUCUGGCUGCUGCCGCCCAUCAUCUUUGAGGCAGGGUUCAACAUGAACGUGCAGUCGUUCAUCGCAAACCUCUGCCCGACCGCCUUCUUCGCCUUCAUCGGCACCUUCGCCUCCACCUUUGUUGUCGGAGGGCUCGUGUGGUGGUUUGGGCAGAUGGGGCUCUGCUACCCGCUGGGCAUGCUCGCCGCGCUGACUUUCGGCUCCUUGAUCUCCGCGACGGACCCGGUCACGGUGCUGGCGGUCUUCCAGGCGCUGGGCGUAAAGAUCGAUCUGUUCUCGAUGGUCUUUGGAGAGAGCGUGCUGAACGACGCCGUCGCCAUCGUGCUGUCGCGCACGCUCCUCUCCUUCAACAACCCGGAGAACCCCGUCGACGCCGAGCACAUCCUCGGAGCAGGCAAGCUCUUCCUGAUCAUCUUCAUCGGAUCGCUCCUCAUCGGCGCCGUCGGCGGCAUCCUCUCCUCGCUCACUUUCAAGCUGCUCGACCUCCGCCACCACGACGAGAUGCUCUACAUGGAGGCGGCGCUCUCCUUUGUCUUCCCGUGGUGCGCCUACUUCGUUGCCGAGGCGUCCGAGCUGUCGGGCAUUGUCUCCAUCAUGUCCUGCGGGAUGGUCAUGGCAACGUACACGCGGCCAAACUUCUCGCCGCGUGCGGUGCGGCUGACGGCGCGUGCGUACAAGGUGGUCGCCCUCAUCGCCGAGACCUUCGUCUUUGUCUACCUGGGCAUGGCGACCAUCACCUUCCCCAUCUUCACGUACACGGUGUGGCACUUCUUCUUCUGGGCGACCCUCGCCUGCUUCGUGGGCCGGCUGCACAUCUACAUCGGCUCCUUCCUCACAAACUGCUUCCGUGACGCAACCUCCAAGCCGCCCCCCAUCUCGCCCGCCUACUCCUUUGUCAUGUGGUUCUCGGGCCUCCGCGGCGGCGUCGCUUUUGCACUCGCUUCGGAGAGCCCCUUCUGCAGCGACAACGAGCACAACGACUCGCUCGCGAUGAUGCAGGCGAGAUGUGGGGAGAUGCGGGGAGAUGCGGGGAGGUGUGGGGAGGUGCGGGGAGAUAUGCACACUGACUCGCUCGCGAUGAUGCAGGCGACGAUGUUGAUCGCGUGCUUCACCAUCUUUGUCUUUGGCGGCGCCAUCACGACCAUCUGCAUCUACUUCGACGUGCUCGAGCCAAAGAAGGGCGCCGAGAGCACCGCGCGCUCCAAGAUGCUCUCGGCGAUGCACCAGCAGAAGACGUCCACUCAGCUGAUGGUCGACGAUGGGCACAACUGGCUGCUCAAGAUGCUGACCAACGAGCAGGCCUACGAAAAGUCGGACGAGCUGCGCUUCGACGAUGACGAGGAGAAGGGGGACGAGGAGGUGGUGGUGGCCGAGGUGGAGGCCGAGUUGGGCAAGAACGCCUUCACGGAGCUCAAGUCGGAGAUCAUGAAGCCGCGAAACUUUGAGAAGGGAGCGACCGCCUCCGAGAUGGCGGCCAACCCAGACACGCUCCACGCGGCCCUCGGCAGCCCAGCUCUCGUGCGCACCGCGACCAAGGACGCGAAGAUCGACGUGUUGCGCACGAGGCUGCCCAACCUGUCGACCAAAGACCUCGAGAAGCUGCUCGAGGGCGCCGGCGGCGACGUCGACCUCGCCGUCAAGAAUGCCAAGGCGCCCAUCAACACGCCGCCCGCGCUGCUGUGAGGGCGCGGCUGCUCGCGCCGCGGCGCCGCUAUAUUGGACAGAGGCCAAUACACUCGGCGUGUGCGUCUGUGUGAGGGGGGCUGUGUGCGACGCGUCUUGUGGGGUUCAACCGUCUCGUCUCCGGUCUAGAGUCCCAUGUGAGCUGAGUAGACAAGCGGAGGGAGGGUAGGAGGAGAGGAGGAAGGAUGCUCUUCCAGUACGUCCGUGCCUGUCUAUCUUUUGUUGCACAUUUCGACAUAAACGCUC